AUGGAUCCAAUGAUUGUGCCUGAAUGUUUGAAGUCACUUUCUUAUGUUGAAAAGCAACUAAUAGCUAGAGUGCAUCCCGUUGUCUCUUUGUAUAAAAUUAAGGACUGUCAAUAUAAGUAUUCGGGUAAUGUCAUUAAUUUCCCACAAAAGGUACAAUGUAUUGCAGAUGCAUUACCUCAUAACAUCAAUGACCUUAGUAGUAUUAUCACAAUACGGCUUGAUAAUUCUGAAGGUCACAAAGACUUUCUCGUUAGGCGUAAAGCUGUGACAGAAGCGUUAGUGUGGCUGCAAAAAAACAAUCCUUUCUACAAAAACGUUGUCAUAAACCACCAAAGAUGUAAAGAUCUUCCUACCUGUGAAAAUGUAUAUCAUAAAAUGAAAGGUUACACACAAGCUGAAACUUCCGAUAAUUCUGAAAGUGACUCAGAUGUUGGUAAUGAGUUAAUAGCUGACAAAAAUGAUACUAUUAAUUUUACUGAUGUUCCUGACUUAAAUACAUUUUCACAGAAGGAGCAAUUGAAUAAUUCUUUUGGAGAAGAAAUUAUUAAGUAUCCAACCAUUGGGAAGAAGCCAUUGAGUGAAUUUGACUCCCCUGGUUAUUUUGCCAUGGCUUUUCCACAUCUGUUUCCCUAUGGAAAAGGUGAUUUUACAAUGCCUCGAGCUAAGAAAAUAUCUUUCUCUGAUUAUGUUAAGCAUCUAAUGUUAUAUCAUGAUGGAAGGUUUGCUCAAGAUGAAAGAUUCAGGUAUUUUCUAAUGAACAGUCAGAUGCGAUGGCAAGCUUUGAAUGCUGGUAACAUAUUUACCCAAAAUAAUAAAAUUUUUUCAGAUAUGACUAUAUUACAAUUAAAGGAAUAUCUUAAAGAACAUCCUAAUGUUGUAAAGAACAUAAUUUUUUAUGCUUCUAGAAUUCGUACAACUAGACCAUAUUGGAACUCAAGAUGUUCAGAAUUACUUGAGAUGCAUAAUCAAUUAGGUUCACCAACAGUCUUUCUUACAUUGAGUAGUGCUGAUUACUAUUGGCCUGAUUUCUUUCGUUUACUUGGUUAUAACGUUUUACAUUUAACUAUGUCUGAAAGGAGGAAAUUACUUUCUGAAAAUCCUUUGUUGUUCGAGUCUUUUUUUGUAAAACGUUGUACAUACUUCAUGGAGGAAUGUGUAAAGCACAAAUUUAAUGUAAAAGACUUUUGGUAUCGUUUUGAAUAUCAGCAUAGAGGUUCUAUUCAUCUUCAUGGCCUUCUGUGGCUAUCGGAUUCACCAUCUAUUGACAACGUUACAGUAGAUAAGCAGAAAGAAGUGAUUGAUUACUUCAAUAGUAUUAUUUCUUGUAACAACCCAAAUGUGAAUUUUGAAGUAAUCUCAGGACAUCCUUGUGAAAGGAGGUUGUUGGAAGUAAUUAAUACAGAUAAUGACUACAUCAAUCUUGUUAACACUGUGCAAAGGCAUACACAAUGUAAAAAAGGUUAUUGUUUAAAACAAAAGAAAGGAACUCUAAAAUGUAGAUUUAACUUUCCUUUUGAAAUGGAAGAAUAUACAAAAUUAAUUAUGGAUGGGAACCCUUUUAAAAGAAAUUGUGUAGAAAGGAAUGAUCCUUAG